AUGAUUUGGUUGCCGUGGAGGAGAUUUGCUGUCUCUUCUACGUCGUCUGUGCAGAAUUUAUUAAUAAUUCAAAGCCCUUCUUUCUGUCAGAUCGUUUUAGAUCUUGGAUUUUGCCAUCAGUUGAUGGUUGGAUCAACUGUAUUAAGUUUGCUCCAGAGUUCUAGACAUGCUAGACAUUUCAGCACUCAGUUACUUGAAGGUGUUCCGAGACUUCCAAAGCCAACAUGUGAACGCUAUUUCCUUCGAAAUGCUUCUCCUUAUCAAAUUUGGAGUAGAUCAUUUGCUUCAGAGAAUGGUGACUUGGUUGAAGCUGUUGUGCCCUUCAUGGGUGAAUCUGUCACUGAUGGAACCCUUGCCAAUUUCUUAAAGAGUAUGCACCUGUCUGUCUCUGUGAUUCAAGUCGUCAAUGUUUAUGCUCCUGACAUGUUAUUUGCUGCAGAACCUGGUGAUAGAGUUGAAGCUGAUGAGGCGAUAGCUCAGAUUGAAACUGACAAGGUUACAAUAGAUGUUUCCAGUCCAGAAGCUGGGGUAAUUGAAAAGCAGUAUGGUUACUCUCCUGAUCACAUCAGUGCUUUGCAGUUCAUUGCCAGUGAAGGUGACACUGUUACUCCAGGUACCAAAGUUGCCGUGAUAUCUAAGUCUGCUGCUCCAAGUGAGGCCCAUGUUGCACCAUCUGAAGAGACCUCCCAGAAGGAGACCCCUCCACCACCUCCUCCAGAAAAACCUAAGGUCGAGGCAAAAUCACCAAAAGUAGAAUCUGUCAAACCACAGGCGUCAAAACUAGCCUCCCCCUCAGAACCUCAGCUCCCUCCAAAGGAAAGAGAGAGACGGGUGUCAAUGCCAAGGCUCAGGAAGCGUAUAGCAAAUCGUUUGAAGGAUUCUCAGAACACUUUUGCACUACUGACUACAUUCAACGAAGUUGACAUGACCAAUUUGAUGAAGCUGCGGACUGACUACAAAGAUGAGUUUGUUAAGAAGCAUGGUGUCAAAUUGGGUCUGAUGUCCUGCUUUGUUAAGGCUGCUGUUUCUGCGCUUCAAAAUCAGCCAAUUGUUAAUGCUGUUAUUGAUGGCGAUGACAUCAUCUACAGAGACUACAUUGAUGUUAGUGUUGCUGUUGGCACUUCCAAGGGUCUUGUGGUGCCAGUUAUCCGUGAUACGGAAGGAAUGAACUUUGCUGACAUUGAGAAGGGGAUAAACAGCCUUGCAAAGAAGGCAACUGAGGGGGCAUUAUCAAUUGAUGAGAUGGCAGGGGGAACCUUCACAAUCUCAAACGGCGGUGUCUAUGGAAGUCUUAUCAGCACACCUAUCAUCAACCCUCCACAGUCAGCAAUUCUUGGAAUGCAUUCUAUUGUCCAACGCCCUGUGGUUGUGGAUGGCUCCAUCCUUGCGAGGCCAAUGAUGUACCUUGCACUGACAUAUGACCAUAGGCUGAUAGAUGGCAGAGAAGCUGUCCUGUUUCUGCGCCGCAUCAAGGACGUGGUUGAAGAUCCACGGAGGUUGCUCCUUGACAUAUAG